AUGAAGUUUCAAUAUUCAGCGACUUUGCUAUACCUUUCGCUGGCGACAGCAGGCCUCGCGACUGCUCAAACCCUGCAAUGUCCACAGAACAUCCAGGGACAAGCAUCACAGAUGAUUAUGAGCAAUAUUGUAAGAAGCCAAGGUGCGGCAGCGAGUUCCUCAGGUACUGGACUCAUCGAACUCGGCAUCUUCUACCAAGCUCUGCGACAGGCUAUCGCAGCAACCAACGACACGACGAACAAGCAAGAAUGGACAGCCUACUUGCACAACAGCACCGCCAGUGCGGUUCCAUUGUUCACCAAUGCCAACUCUUCUGCGCAAUUGCCCCUUGAUCGCUUUUCCAUUGGUACGGAAAUGAUCCGUCAGUCGCAGGAGAUGAGUGGAGAAAACCUCGAGACCGCCAUCAGAACACUCAAGGAUUCGUUGCACCAACAACCACGAAAUGCCGAUGGAGGACUUUGGUACUACAACAACCCCAAGAACCUGACUGCAUAUCAAAACCUGUCAUAUGCCGAUGGCAUGUACUCAUACCCGACUUUCGCUAUCCUGAGUGCAGGAAAUGGAACCCAACAAUCAGACGUCUUCGGUCCUGCUGCCGUCCUGAAACAACUCGAGAUUCUGGAAGCCAUCUGCAACGAUGGAACCAGUCUCCUUGUACAUGGAUACGAUGCCUUAAAAGCACAUGCCUGGGCGAAUCCAGAGACCGGUGCUAGUCCGUCUGUAUGGGGUCGCUCAUUGGCAUGGUAUACCCUUGGUGUAGUUGAAGCCCUCGAUACACUGCAAUCAAUGCCUCAAGUUUUCAACACAUUGGCCGACAGGAUCGCAUACACCGACAUGCGGCUCCUCUUCGAGUCCCUGAUCAGGGCGCAGAUCGUCGCUCUCGAACGUGCGACGGCAAUCAAUGGCAACUAUGGCGCCUGGCAAGUCGUCGAUCUACCGGGCGCAUCCAUUGAGAACACGCAAAAUUUCAUCGAGACAAGCGCAAGUCUGAUGACAGCCUACUCUCUUCUCAAAUCUGUUCGCCUGGAACUCAUCACAUCUGCGCACCUGCGUAACAGAGCCAUCAGAGCAGGUCUGGGACUAUGGGAGAAUAUUCUCCGCACACAAGUCACAAGGACCCCAAAUGGAACUCUGAACCUUGGUGGUACCAGUUCGAUAGCGACUCUGAGUGUGCAGAAUGUGAACGCUCAGGUAAAGACGCAUCCAAGACGCGACCCAGAGCAUAAUGUAUUUGCUAACGAAUGUUUUUGCAGUGCNUACUUCUCCAGACCGACGGUGAAUAACAGUUUGAUUGGAACGAGUGCUUUCGUACUGGCUAGUCUAGAAGUCGAGAGGCUGUGUGCUUGA